CUUUUGGAGCCUCACACCUUGUCGACAAUGGAACGCAUGACAACUGUUGGAGCAUGACAAUUAAAUGGGUCACCAACAAAGCUCAUUCUACACUCCAGAGUCAACGCGGGCGCUCCUGGAGGAAUCUAUUGAACAUGUCGUCCUGUUCAACCGUCCGUUGGUGACACUUGAACCCACGACAACACUACUGGAGACCAUCAAGACCUUUAGGAUAAAGAAUAUUUCAUGUGCGCCUGUUGUGAGGUCUAAUACCGAUUUCGUCCUGACGGAUGUAGUGGAUAUUGCAACAUUUUUAUCGAAUGCGUAUGCGCAACUAGGUCGAAGUACGUUUGAGGAGCAUUUAAAGGAUAUUAUCAGCGUGCCGUGUGAGGAUUUGGCUGACUUUUCAUCACGAAACCCAACAAUCACUCUCCCCGCAACCUCAACCGUUCAUACCGUCCUCAAAACCCUUCAACAGCAUCGCGCAACCCGCCUGAUCCUGCUAUCAAACCAAACCAUCCACCACAUUGUAACACAAAGCUCACUCGUUGAGUUCGCACUGCUCAACCUCGAUAGAUUGCAUCUGAGGCCUGAUGCCUCGUUGCUAGACUUGGGAUUUGUAGGGACAACUCCGGUAUUUGCGUGUGGAGAAAACAAAGUUGUUUUGGAAGUUUUGAAGGAAAUGAGGGAGCGGGGGGUUACAGCGGUCCCGGUUGUGAAUUCAGGGAUGGUCAUGUCCGGUAUGAUGACUGUACGGCAUAUCAAGACUUUAAACUCGAACAAUGUUCAAGACCUCUUUCUCACUGUACGAGAGCUCCUCAAGAAAAACUCUGCAACAUAUAUAACAGGAACAUGGACCAUGAGUCUUCGCGACCUCCUCCGCGUCAUGGUCGUGAACACAUUUCAUCACUUAUUUUUUGUGAAUGAGGGGGGUAAACCAACUAAUGUGAUUACGUUGGGAGAUGUAUUGGACUUUUUAUUUUCAAUGCAAAUUGAAUAGAUGACGUCGAUAACAAAAAGUGUUAUGCAUGUAUAUAUAGCAUUGUAGUGAAUAUAGACGAUUGCUCAUGCACCAGAUGCUCCC